CUAUGAGCGUUGUUUAUUUUGUCGCCAGAGAUUAGAGAAAGUUUAUAAAAAGACCUGGCAAUUAGCAUCAAAUAGCCAGUUGGUGUAAUCAGUUAAAACGAAAAACACUCGCAUGUGAAAAAGCAACAAGUCGAUGAAAAUCUCGAGAGUUACAACAAAUUGUAUAUACAUAUAUUUGAUAUUGACAGAGCCAAAGUCGAAGUGUUUACGGGGGAUCGGUCCAUGAAGAGAUGAAUAAUUUACGUAGUCGCAAAUAUUCAUCACUUGAGCCCAAUGUCAAAGAGACUCAUCAGGCAACAAGUCGAUCAAAAUCGAAUACAACUGAACAUAAUCAAAACCUUGACAAUACCCAAGUGACAAACAUGUCAUCAUUAAGCGCUGCCUCACGCCUCAAGUCUUCCACCCAUCAUAGACGAAGCCAGAGCGAAAGUUCAGCAGAAGACUAUGGAGCAGUACAAAACGGCAACGGCCACGGCAACGGAAUGUGGCGAAAUGAGUUACAUCUGGAAACAGAAAGUGAUGUGGCCCAGCCCAUAAAGGGCAAGAAGGCAACGGACCACACCAGUAUCAGAUAUGAGAAGAUUAGCGAUCUUGUAGACGUUGUCGCACGCAUAGCAAUUGUCUUAAUCUUUAUAAAAUUGGAGACAAUGACCGCUUUCAAAAGAGAAAUCCAUGCCGAAGAAUUAUGGUUAUAUAAGAACCCAAGAAGACCCGAUUAUGUCAAGGGUGAAGUGUUAUUAUUCUGGGUUAUAGCUGCCCCUUUUCUGGUGACAUUAUUUUUCUUGGCUUGGACCAGGAAUAGAAGAGAUUUUCGCGCGGCCAGUUGGUCCUGGACAUUGGCAUUGUGCCUAAAUGCCAUACCAACAAGUUUGCUAAAGGUCACUGUCGGACGACCAAGACCAGAUUAUUUCUAUCGAUGCUUUCCUGAUGGCAUAAUGGUCUUAAAUGAGACAAUUACCGGUAGUUCAAUAUUGGAUUUUAAUUGUACUGGCCGCUUAAGUGAUAUCAAUGAGGGACGCAAAAGUUUUCCUAGUGGUCAUUCAUCCUUUGCCUUUGCCAGUUUUGGUUUUAUAGCCUACUAUGUGGGGGCCAAACUACAUGCCUUUGAUGUGCGUGGACGUGGUCAUACCUGGCGUCAAUUAAUUCCAACUGUGCCCUUCAUAAUUGCUGCUUUGGUGGCCAUUAGUCGGACAUGUGACUAUCAUCAUCAUUGGCAGGAUGUGACUGUAGGCGGUGUCAUCGGUCUCCUUGCUGGUUAUAUCAGCUAUAGACAAUAUUAUCCAUCAAUAUUUAGUCCAGAAGCUGGUACACCAUUUAAUCGUUGGUCUCAGACCUCAAAACAUCAUUAUAAUCAACAGGAAAAGUACAACAUACAAGAGGAUCACCAUGGAGAUAAUAAUGAAGAUAUGCUUAAGAGGCCUCUACUUAGUGGGUAACAUGAUAAAGUAACUAAGAGAAAAAAGCUUUAUGUAUUAUAUAUAUAGUCAAUUAAUCGAGAAAAUCGAAAUCGAA